AUGGUCAACACCUCUGGGCGUUUCGCUGGACAGAGAGCUCUGCUGCUGUCGCCGCAGCUCAAAGAGAACGACACUCACUGCGUCCUGUUCCAGUACUACAUGGGCGGUCGAGAUGGCAGCCACCCAGGACACCUCAACGUGUACAUCCGAGAGAACAGCAGCCCCAUGGGCAUGCCCGUGUGGAACGUCUCCGGCCCUGCUGCAAGGGCCUGGGGGCAGGUGGAGCUCGCCAUCAGCACCUACUGGCCGAACUACUACCAGAUCGUGUUCGAAGUGGUAACCUCCGGCCAGCGCGGUUUGGUGGCCAUCAAAGAGGUUGUGGUCCAGGGACAUCAGUGCAUGAACACGCCACAUUUUCUGACCAUAAAAGGGGUGGAGGUCAACGCGGGCCAGUCGGCAUCGUUUCACUGCACGGUUAAUGGGCGUAAAAGGGACAACUUCAGACUCUGGCUUCAGGGUAUCGGCGGAAGAGAGGCCCCCAUGAAGGCCACCAAACCCUGGAACAACAGGCGCUUCAUCGGGACCUUUGAGCUGGAGAAUACAACCAAGGGCGACUCGGGACGGUACCGCUGCAUUGUGCACUCUGACAAGGGCGUGGGAGUGUCCAACUACGGGGAGCUCACCAUCAAACUUUUCACUCAGAUUUAUGCGCUGAUGAGAAGGGAGCGCACAGUCUUCCAUACGGUGGCGGGCCGCUUCAGACUAUCAACACUCCAGGCUGCCAGCGGUGCUCGGAGCGGGAUAAUUAUUCCACGUCACAGGCCUUCCCUCGCUGCCUCCCGGACUGGUCACGGAUACAUGCAUUAA